AAGAUUGUGCUGUUGUGCGCUUUGCGAUUUAUUGAGCGGAAUAUUUGUAAUUAAAAAAUAUUCCACUGUGUCUCAUCUUAUUAACUGUGUGAAAAUAAGGCAGUUUGCCUUGCAAGAUGAUGGACGCAAAAUCAUUCCUGUACUCUUGGUGUGCGAAGAAAGGAAUAACGCCGGUUUACGAUAUCCGGGCUACAGGACCAAAGCAUCGUCAGCGGUUUUUAUGCGAAGUUCGUGUUGGUACUAUCACUUAUGUCGGCGCGGGAAACUCCACAACGAAGAAGGAUGCCCAAAUGAAUGCAUCCAAAGACUUUGUUAGUUACCUGAUAAGGUCUGGAGAGGUUGAUGCGGAAGAAAUACCAGAGGAGACCAGAGCCGCUGUUAAGAUUGAAGAUGAUAACAAAGCUGGUGGAAGUUCUAAUGACCAGCAGCAACCUCAACAACCAAAACCUGUGUUUCAGGAGGGUAUGGGGCCUGAAAUGAUGGGUGAAGCGUACCAAGCUUACAGCGGCCAGAACCAUUCCUCGAACUUUACGUAUAUAGACCGCAUGCAACAGCAAAAGAAUGUCGAAGAGGCUGAGGAGAUGGACAUCAACGCAAGCCUCCAUGGAAACUGGACUAUGGAGAAUGCAAAGUCCAAACUUCACCAAUUUCUACAAAUCAAUAAGAUCAAUACGGACUACAUGUACAAAGCGGUUGGUCCAGACCAUACAAGGAGUUUCUCAUGUGAGAUGUCUAUAUUUGUCCGGCAACUCGGUCGUAACGUGACCGGCCGUGAGACCGCAUCGAACAAGCAAACCGCUAGCAAAUCGUGUGCCCUCUCUAUCGUGAGGCAACUGUACCAUCUCGGUGUGAUUGAGGCCUUCAGCGGAACUUUGAAGAAGGACAGGUCAUCAGAAGGUAUUAUGAAACCAUACCCCGUGGCUCUCAGCCCUGAAUUGGAGAAGCAACUAGAGGAUACAUUGAAUGCUUUGGAGAUCGAGCCAGUACAAAUAGACCCGAAACUGACUUAUACAAGCGAAGAAGGUGGCGCUGGUGGUCUGACGUUGCUGCAGCUGGACCGUAUAAAGGCCAUGCGAGAAGCUCGGCAGUUCCCUGCUGGAGUCGUCUCCUGGUCUCCGCCACAGGCCAACUGGAAUGCCUGGACUGGUUGUAAUAUUGAUGAAGGUCCUUUGGCUACUACAAGCUUGGAGGAGAUCAGUUCCGACCUCGAGAAACAUCACAGGGACAUGUGCCAGAACAGCACUCUGUACCAGGAAAGUCUUCGAGAGAGAGAACAGUUGCCAGUUUACGCGAUGAGGGCACAGAUUAUGGAGGCUAUCAACGAGAAUCCCGUUAUAAUCAUCAGAGGCAACACCGGAUGUGGUAAAACUACUCAGGUAUGUCAGUUCAUUCUGGACGACUACAUAGCGAGCGGUCAGGGCGCGUGGGCCAAUGUAUGCGUGACGCAGCCGCGCCGUAUCUCCGCCAUCAGCGUCGCCGAGCGAGUCGCGUCCGAACGAUGCGAGGAUCUUGCUAACAGUGUUGGUUACUCUGUGCGCUUUGAAUCGAUGUUGCCACGUCCAUACGGAUCCAUAAUGUUCUGCACCGUCGGAGUACUGUUAAGGAAGCUAGAAGGAGGCCUGCGAGGAGUCAGCCAUGUACUGGUUGAUGAGGUACACGAGCGCGAUGCGGAUACAGACUUCGCCUUGAUCUUGCUCCGUGACAUGGCACACACGUACCCCGACCUACGCAUCAUACUUAUGUCCGCUACAGUCGACACUACGCUCUUCACAUCUUACUUUGGAAACUGUCCUGUCAUUGAGGUACCAGGUCGCACCUUCCCAGUAAAGCAAUACUUCCUAGAAGACUGUAUAGAGUUGACGAAAUUCGUGCCGCCGCCUGACAUGCGCAAGCGCAAGUCUUCUGGCAAGAAGACCAACGCUCGAGGCGAGGAAGAGGAUGACGACGACGAAGCCAACGAGGAGCAGGAAGAGGACCUGAACAAGAACUGCCAGCUGCCCUCAACGUACUUGCCCAGCACCAGUCAGACUAUGUCUCGACUUUCUGAAAAAGAUUUAAGCUUCGAGUUAAUAGAAUGCAUACUUCAACACAUUCGAGACCUAAAAGGCGAUGGAGCGAUCCUCAUCUUCCUACCUGGAUGGAACUUGAUCUUUGCAUUGGCCAAACAUUUGUCCCAACACAAGUUGUUUGGUGACACAUCCCAAUACGUUAUAUUGCCUCUACACAGUCAAAUCCCAAGGGAAGAUCAGAAGAAAGUGUUCAUUACGCCUCCUCCUGGGUUAACUAAGGUGAUUCUCUCAACGAACAUAGCAGAAACUUCGAUCACGAUUAACGACGUGGUGUACGUGAUAGACUCGUGCAAGGCGAAGGUGAAACUGUUCACCUCACACAACAAUAUGACGUCAUACGCCACUGUAUGGGCCAGCAAGACCAAUCUAGAACAGCGCAAAGGUCGAGCAGGUCGAGUCCGUCCCGGCGUGUGCUUCACGCUGUGUUCCCGCGCGCGAUUCGAACGCCUCGAAGAACACCAAACCGCAGAAAUGUUCCGCACGCCACUACACGAACUCGCACUCAGCAUCAAACUACUCCGUCUCGGCAGUAUUGGCCACUUCCUCUCGAAGGCUCCAGAGCCUCCACCGCUAGACGCUGUCAUUGAGGCCGAAGCCCUGCUCCGUGAGCUCGGCUGUUUGGACGGGGAAGACAACCUCACACCGCUUGGAACUAUACUCGCUAAGCUACCUAUAGAGCCUCGUCUCGGCAAGAUGAUGGUGCUAGGUUUCGUGCUCGGCGUCGGCGACGCGUUGACCACCAUGGCGGCCAACUCGACCACCUUCCCCGAGAUAUUCGUUGUCGAGGGACGGCGGCGACUCUCCAACCACCAGCGGGCCCUCGCAGGAGACAGGGCUUCGGAUCACGUCGCUAUGCUUAACGCUUUCCAGAUGUGGGAAAGGGAACACGCCAAAGGCGAGGAAGCUGAGAUGAAAUGGUGCGAGUGGAAGGGACUGCAGCAGACCACCAUGAGGGUCACGUCCGAAGCCAAGUACCAACUCACUAAUAUCCUGACCACUUCAGUUGGUUUCCCAGAAGAGUGUUGCAUACCUCAGCGCUGGGAUCCCACGGGGUCGGAUCCCACUCUCGACCUGGUCAUUGCACUCAUGUGCAUGGGACUCUACCCCAACGUCUGCCUGCAUCAGGGAAAGAGAAAGGUACUAACAACAGAAGGCAAGCCCGCCCUCAUCCACAAGACGUCAGUGAACUGCAGUAACCAGGAGCAGAGGUUUCCCUCCCCCCUUUUUGUGUUUGGGGAGAAAGUACGAACGAGAGCCAUCUCAUGCAAGCAAACUACUAUGGUCGCGCCAUUGCAUCUACUGCUGUUCGCCAGUAGGAAGGUUGAAUGGAUCGACAAUGUGGUUCGCCUGGACAACUGGUUGAACUUCGAGAUGAACCCUCGUUCAGCCGCACUGGUCACAGCCCUGCGGCCCGCUGUAGAGAAACUCGUCGAGAGAGCUGCUUCUGAACCUGAUGCCGCUUUGCAGUUUACCCCCCUUGAGCAAAAGGUCGUCGACUGCAUAAAGUCACUUUGUGUCAUCGAAGCUGGUGACUACAAGAUCCAGCGCGAUUUAGGAGCAAUGUCCUUCAGACCAGACCCCAUAGCCAAACGAGGAACUAACAGAGGUUGGGGGACCAGCGGACCACGAGGCGGAGGAGGGUUCGGUGGAAACAGAGGAUUCGGGGGUAACAGAGGAAACUUCGGAGGGAACAGAGGUUUCGGUGGAAACCGAGGAUUUUACGGAGGCAACCAAUUCGGAAACGACGGCAACCAAGGCGGAUUCGGCGGUGGCAACUACGGCUGUGGCAAUUUCGGAGGCGGCAACUUCGGGCGCAGCAACUUCGGAGGCUUCCAAGGAAAUCAGGGAGGAUUUGGAGGCAACGAUAACGGUUUUGGUUACGGCGGCUUUGGCAACCGAGGAGGCUUCAACCGUGGAGGGUUCAGAGGCCGAGGCAGAGGAGGCAACUGGUGAUCAUUCCAUUCCUAGAUGUAAUUAGCAAAUUUUGUGACUUAUGGUGAUUACUUGAUUAGUUAAUAAAUGUUUAAUUUUA